AUGUCAUCCCCCAGCGAGUCCCCGGCAAGAGCUAUUCCAGCACAACUAGAUUUUCUCGCUAUCUACAAUCCGUCUUUGGGCGCCACAGACGAAACGAUUGGCGAUCAAGUUGUUUAUUACACAGCACCCGGCCACCAAGACCAGCAUGGCCGUCAAGUACCCGAAGCGUCGCAGGCGCGCGAGCAGCUCAAUGAGCAAUUGAGAAGGAUCGGUCUUGCUCAAGGUAUGGUGGAGUUUGGACGGAGUUUCUCCGACGGGCAGGCUGUCGAUACUAUCGAGACUGAGAAGUCACGAAUUAUUCUACAUGAGUUGGAAUCUGGCUGGUGGAUAUUGGCGUCAAUCAACCUAAGCGUCAUUCCCAAGAGCACAAAAGUUGCGCCUACGAAGGGUAAAGCCUCAGAUACCGUCGAAACCGUGGAGUACUCCUCCCGCGAGGUGAAGCCUGCGGUGCUGCUACUUGGCGAUCUCCUCCGGGCACAUUCAACCUUCCUCUUACACCAUGCAUCAUCGAUGAGCGCGUUGUUCGUCCGGACGAAGCGAUACAAAUUUAUAAAUAUUCUUGUGCGUUAUUGGGACACCUUCCUUUCGACGUGGAACGUUCUCAUGCAUGGUAAUCCUACCAAUAGCUUAUACGGCGGUAUCAAAGUAGCGGCUUGUGGAGAACUGGGUAUUGGUGUAGGCGAAGAGCACAGAGGUAGCGGUGAGCGUGAAGUACUCGAAGGUUUCGUGAACAGGAUUGAAGGGCUUGUCGAUUUGAUGGUCUUGAAAUUCGGCGAACCCCAAUCAGUUGAUGAUGCGAAGAAACCUGCCAAAAGCGUCAACGGCAAUCAAGUGGGCCCGGAUUCAUGGAUGGGUCGAGGUAGCGACCCUGAUGCUGAAGAUGGAGCGGUGUUCCUUGGGACGGGCGCCCUGUCGCGAAAAUCCAUUCGUGACAUUUCCCACUGGGCUGAAGAUAUAUAUAGAUGGGGUCCACUUGCCUAUGGUGUAAUUGAUAAUCCAACUUCGACUCGAAGACACAGGAAGAAAAAGCCUCGGGUUCAAACGAAAAGAGUGAUGUCUCCCGAUACAAGGGAGCAGUCACAACAAGUUUAUGGAAUCAAGCCCAAACCGAAAACUACUUCUUCGGGUAACGAUACUCGCCAAAAAGAUUCUACAGAGGCAAGUCGGAAGCCUAUCGAUCAUGUAGAGCAAUCACGGGAAACAUUUUCAGACGAUACUCUCGGUGGAGACUCCGUGAAAAGCGAAGAGCAAAGACAGGACGCCAGGGAAGAGCCUGCCGAUGUUCCAAAGAGGGGCAAUCCGUCUGGAGAGCACACUCAGGCCCUUAAAGGAGAGUCAGAAUCAGAUAGGUCUCGUGCCAAAAGAAAGCCUGUUCUACGACGAGCGAUUUCCGCGAUUAGUAGCGAUAGUGAGUCGAAGAAGACGAGCAAGCUCAUGCAUUAUUUAAAGCUUGGGUAUGGCACUCACUGGUCGCUUGGGGGCAAUGCUGCUUCUCCGCCAAGCCAUACAACAGAACAUACACCCGCCGGUACUAACAAGCCUCGGGCUGUGAAUGCCGAAACGGGAAGUUUAGGAGAUUCUGAAAACAAUCAAAACGAAGAAGCAGGCGAGUCAGAGCCAGCUUUACAGCGUAUUCAUGAUGAUUCAUCUGCCCAUUUUUUGAUAGGGCUACAAGGAGAGAUCGAUGACACUGACGAAGAUACAACGGACAACGAGGUCGAGGUGGUCGCGUCGGGAAACAACUCUAUAGAACUGGAAGGAUCAAAUGAGCGGCUGCUUUUGCGGACCCUGACUGUGGAGCUAGAACGAGCAGAAGAUGCUCGUGCAGAAGCGGAUAUCAGUAUCGAUUUGAGCAAAACCGAAAAUGAGCAACCGAUGUCGAAACACACCAGCUCAGAACGAACCUCUGCAUCGCAAGGUUCUUUCGAAAGCCAAGACAGAAAUAAGACCAAAAAAUUGCGCGUAAUUGUUUAUGCUAGCAGACCGUUUGUAUUUAUAUUUUUGUUCGAACUGAGAGCCGAGUCGUUGGCUUGGAGCAGUCUCUAUCGAAAUCUACACCGGCAGCUCAAUCCGCUGAUAAAGCCCCUGCUUCAGUCCACCAGUUUCCGACCACCUCGUCCGGAUGCAACAGCUGGCACUGCCGUGCCCAUAUACGACCUCGUGUGGGACCCUAGGACACUGACGGUGAAUUCAACGAUACCCAAUAUUCCCGAUCCUUAUGCAUCCUAUGAGUCUUCUAUGCAGCCACCAUGGUCUCGGAUCGAGGCGCUCAGUACGCAUAUGCAGAUUCUCCACAUGUAUGUUGCGACUACUAAAGAUUCCCGGGAUGGAGAGAAAGAACGUACAUGCAAGACUAGUAGAGGGUGGUGGGUAGUCUGGACUCGAAUAGCUGAUCCGAAUAUCACAUCGCCUACACCCUCUUCUGGACCAGCAACAAUUCCAGCUUCAAUUGCCGAGGAUAGUACAGCAUCUUCCCUGGGUCAUACUCUAUCGGACACGGAAAAGUCGCGACACACGAGUACUUUCGCGUCGAGUUUUGUGUCUGGCCCUGCUCAUCCAUUUCUUACCCCUCGCAACCAUGCCAAUGGUAGUAUACCGAAAGACAAAGAAAUAUUUUUGAUUCGCCAAGCAAGUGAUCAUCGUACCAGCCACACUUCUACGCGGUUCGUGAGCAGUUCUUCGGCCAACAUGGAAACGAGUUGGGCGAGCGGUCCAGGAAAACUAGCACAGGGCAUUGGGGUAGACACCAAGAGGUAUAUUGAGGGUCUUUUGAACCUAAAUCGCUAG